AUGGCCUGCCUUGGCACUCCAGACCACACUGUGUUUCAGCUCCAAUGGAAAACUCCCAGACCUGGUGCAUGUAAAGUUAACUCAGAUGGAAGUAGAAUCAAUGCCACUUGUCUUAGUGGUGCUGGGGGUUUAUUACGAGAUGCUACUGGUGCUUGGAUCCAAGGCUUUAUUGUGAAUCUAGGUGCAAGUACAAUCCUUGAGGCUGAAUUAUGGGGUAUCUUUUGGGGACUUAGUUUGGCUUGGGACGCUGGCUAUCAUGAUGUGGAGAUUGAAUGUGACUAUAAUGUUACUAUAGCUCUAUUAUCUUCUCAUACGGUUCCAACUUACCCUUUGUACAACAUCAUUUCCUGUUGUAAAAUGAAGAUCCAUGAACCCUGGUGUUGUGCAAUUAAGCAUAUCUACCGUGAACAAAAUGUAGUCGCAGAUGCUUUGGUUGCCAGAAGUUAUAAUCUUGGCCCUGGGCUCCAUGUCUAUGAUGAGGUGUAUGACUUCCUUGAAGAUAUACUUGCUGCAGAUGUCAGGAGCGUUGUGAGGCCUCGUGCUAUUAUUCUGUAA